AUGGGUCAUGAUAAGAAAAAAGACAAAAAAGAUGAUAAAGAGGCAGAGGAUGGGGAGGAGAAGAGAGCACCGACGGGAUUCUUCAAACUGUUUGCCUAUGCGUCAGGAAUGGACAAAAUGUGGAUAUUUAUCGGUACGCUAUUCUCGAUAGCAAUUGGUGCCGGACUGCCGGCACUUAUGAUUUUUAUGGGAGAACUGACCGACACUUUUGUUGAGUACGAGAUAUACAAUCAGUUAUACAAAUGGAAAACCGGUGACUUUUACGAGAAGAAUUUGACACAAAUACACGACAAAACACAAUUCCUCGACAUUAUAUUUAAAGAGUUUCCGCUCAUGGAUUUGGAAGUGAUUCAGAUUCGGCUCAAAUUGUCAAACGAUUCAUUCGCCGAAGCACUCAAUCGGACCGUAUUUUUUAAACACAAAGACUUUGAGGACGUUUUUAUAACUGAAUCCUACUUUUGGAGUUAUAUGAUGUUAGGCGUAGGCUUUGCUUUCUUGGUGUGCGGUUAUGUAAUGGUCGCGACGUUCAGCACUGCGGCCAACAAUCAGGCACAACGCAUACGGAUAUUAUUCUUCAGAUCAAUUCUUAGACAAGAUAUCAGUUGGUUUGACACAAAGACGUCGGGAGAUUUCGCCACCAAAGUGACCGCUGAUUUGGACAAACUUCAAGAGGGAGUCGGAGAUAAGGUGGCUCUCUGUAUAUUCUCAUUCUCAACGGUGUUGUGUUCGUUGGGAACCGCUUUCUAUUAUGGAUGGGAACUUACAUUAGUUAUACUGUCCGUCACACCUGUCCUCAUCAUUUCAUUCAGUAUUAUAGCAAAGAUAUACUUUCAGAUUCAGGCGCGCUAUUCAACCACAGAAGCGGAUUCUUAUGGCAAAGCGGGUGCUGUGGCUGAAGAGGUGUUGGGCGCCAUUAGGACUGUCUAUGCAUUCGAUGGACAACAGAAAGAGAUUCUGAGAUACGACAAGAAUUUAGAGCCGGCGAAGAAAAGCGGAGUCCGGCGGACACUAUUCACUGGUCUGGGACUGGGAAUGAUGUGGUUAUGUAUUUACUGUAGUUAUGGUCUGGCCUUUUGGUAUGGCGUCAAACUGAUUGUGCGAUCGGUUGAGGAGAACAACCAUAAGUAUGAGGCGAGCACUAUGUUAAUUGUCUUCUUUACGGUAUUGAUGGGCACCUUCAGCAUCGGUCAGACAACACCCUAUUUCGAGGCCUUCGCUCAGGCGAGAGGUGCGGCCGCUCUUAUAUUUGAAGUGAUUGAACGCAAACCAGAGAUCGACAGCAGUUCCGAAACCGGAGAACGGAUUAAAGACUUGAAGGGAAGGGUAGAUAUAAGGAGCGCACACUUCAGUUAUCCCGCCAGAGCUGAUGUGACAGUACUGAACGGACUGAGCCUAUCGGUAGAGCCCGGACAGACUGUAGCUCUGGUCGGCCCGAGUGGUUGCGGUAAGAGUACAGUCAUUCAACUCAUUCAACGAUUCUAUGACGUGAGUGACGGACAGGUGUUAAUCGACGGCAAAGAUAUCAAAAGUUUGAACAUCGGAUGGCUUAGAGAUCACAUCGGAGUCGUGGGUCAGGAACCGGUUCUCUUCGGCUGUUCAAUAGCCGAGAAUAUAAAACUGGGUUACAGUCGAGCCAAUCAACCGGACAUAGAGUCGGCCGCAGUCGACGCCAAUGCCUUUGAUUUUAUACAACGAUUGCCCCAAAAGUUCCAGACUUUGGUCGGCGAAAGAGGAUCUCAACUGUCCGGCGGUCAGAAGCAACGGAUAGCCAUCGCCAGAGCUUUAGUGAGGAAACCGAAAAUAUUACUUCUGGACGAAUCUACCAGUGCUUUGGAUACGCAAAGCGAGUCCAUAGUUCAGGCGGCACUCGAUAGGGCCAGUAUUGGGAGAACCACUUUCAUUGUCGCCCACAGACUGUCAACCAUUAGAUACGCGGAUAAGAUAUUUGUGAUAAACGGCGGUAAAGUGGAUGAAGUGGGCAGUCAUGCGGAACUCAUGGCUACCGAAGGCUUGUAUUAUAAUUUAGUUAAAAGACAACAACAAAAAGAAGACGAGAACGAGACGAUUGAGACCGAAGCGGAUGCGACGGUAGUGACCAACGGAGUCGUUAAGCCAGAGCUCAUCCGCGCCUUCAGUAUUGAGAGCCGUCGGAGUGAAGACAUAGAUCUGCGCCGAAAAUCAAGUGUUGCCAUCAAAGAGAAGAAGGAGUCGCCCUCAUUGGUCCGAUUGUUUGGUUUACUGAAACCGGAUAAAUAUCUCAUAUUAUUAGGAAGUGUUAUGGCAUUCCUUAUGGGUCUAACAAUACCCGCCUUUUCCAUCGUUUUUGGCGAAAUCCUCGGAACACUAUCUCAAGGCUCGACCGAUAAGAUCCAGAAGGAUGUGCUCUUGUAUUCAAUGUGUUUCGUAGCGAUGGGUAUCGGCACAUCAAUCGCUGCAUUUCUACAGAUUUAUAUGUUUGGCAUUUGCGGCGAACGGUUAACAAUGAGACUCAGAAAAAUGGUAUUCACAACAAUGUUGAAGCAGGAGGUGUCGUGGUUUGAUGAGCGCGACAACAGUACGGGUGCUCUUUGCUCCAGACUAUCGGCAGAUGCGUCCAGCGUUCAGGGCGCCGCCGGUUCCCGAUUAUCUACUCUUUGUCAGGCGGUGUCCACUUUGGGCGCCGGUGUUGUACUGGCGCUGUACUACAGUUGGAAGUUAGGACUCGUUAUAAUCUGUUUCAUACCUUUGGUGAUCGCAUCCACUUAUUUCCAAAUGAAAAUAAUUAGCGGACAAAUCACUAAAGAUAAAAAGUCACGGGAAGACGCCUCAUCGAUUGCUGUGGAAGCCAUCAGUAGUAUCCGAACGGUUGCAUCCCUUCAUCAGGAAAAUGCUUUUAUCGACAAUUAUAGCAACGCUUUGGAGAAACAGUUUAAAAAGUCCAAAAUCCGGGCACAUCUCAGAGGAAUAACCUUUGGUAUCGCCCAAAGUAUGGGUAACUUCUCCUAUGCUAUCGCUCUUCUCUACGGCAGUAAACUUAUUGUCGAUCAGGAACUCAAUUACGGCGAUCUCUUUAAGAGUGUUGAAGCCGUCAUAUUUGGUACAGCAAUGGUUGGUCAGGCAGUGGCAUUCGCGCCGGACUAUCAAAAGGGUAGAGUAGCGGCCGUUCAUAUAUUCAAACUGUUGGACAGAAUGCCUAAAAUACUGGUCAAUGCCUUAACGGGAGAUAAGCCAACAAAAUGCGAGGGAAACGUUAGAUUCAAUGAUUUGCAGUUCACUUACCCGACCCGACGUAAUGUGAAGGUAUUGCGAGGCCUUAGCUUUGAUGUGCAAAAGGGACAGACAGUAGCACUGGUGGGCUCGAGUGGUUGCGGGAAGAGUACAAUCAUUCAACUCAUACAACGAUUCUAUGACACCGACGGCGGAGAAGUUGUAUUGCGAGGCCUUAGCUUUGAUGUGCAAAAGGGACAGACAGUAGCACUGGUGGGCUCGAGUGGUUGCGGGAAGAGUACAAUCAUUCAACUCAUACAACGAUUCUAUGACACCGACGGCGGAGAAGUUAGUUUAGAUAACAAUAAUAUCGUAAAUCUGAAUAUUCCAUGGCUUCGACGAAAGUUGGGAAUUGUAUCCCAAGAGCCGGUGCUCUUUGGCUACAGUAUAGCCGAGAAUAUAGCGUACGGAGACAACGAUCGCAAAGUGGAGUUAAAUGAGAUCAUAAGGGCCUCAGAGAAGGCAAACAUUCAUUCAUUUAUAAAAUCACUGCCAAUGGGUUACGACACACCCGUCGGCGAUAAAGGGACUCAACUUAGUGGCGGUCAGAAGCAGAGGAUAGCCAUCGCGCGGGCGCUGAUCCGCGACCCGGAAAUACUACUGCUAGACGAGGCCACCAGUGCUCUCGACGCCGAGAGCGAAAAGGUAGUACAGGACGCUCUGGACGAGGCCCGGGAGGGCAGGACCUGUAUUGUGAUCGCUCACAGACUGUCGACUAAUGUGUUGCGGCUGUUUUAUCAACAGCAGUUAUUUCCUUUCCAUGUCGAAGAGGGCAGUCAUCACGAGUUGAUCGCCAAAAGAGGCGCUUAUUAUGACUUAUAUAACGUCCAAAGUUCUGUCCAUUAG